GCUCUCAAAACAUGAUUGUUCAGCGCCUCUUUUGGCGCCAAAUUGGAGUUAUUCUUCUCGCGCCAAAGUUGAGGGCAGUCGUGUCAAGACCUCCGUCAAAUCAGUUCUGCAAAAUGCCCACAGACAAUGUCACGCUCCAGUUUGCCAAACUGACAGAGAAUGGCCGUGCACCAACCAGAGGAUCAAAAUAUGCAGCAGGUUAUGAUUUGUACAGUGCCUAUGACUAUGUGAUCCCGGCAGGAGACAAGAUCAUUGCCAAGACAGACAUCCAAAUUGCUGUUCCAGAUGGGUCAUAUGGCAGAGUUGCUCCUCGUUCUGGCCUGGCAGCCAAACAUUUCAUUGAUGUAGGAGCUGGUGUUAUUGACCAGGACUACAGAGGGAAUGUUGGCGUUGUUAUGUUCAACUUUAGUAAAGAAGAUUUCAAAGUGAACAGUGGUGAUCGUAUUGCACAGCUCAUCUGUGAAAGAAUAUACAUUCCUGAACUGAAAGAAUUGGAGGAGCUGGGCAACACUGAGAGAGGGUCUGGCGGGUUCGGAUCCACUGGCAAGAACUGAUGGGCGUAAUUGUUAUAUAUGUGCAAUGUAGGUGUCAGACAGUGGCAGUUGUCCUCCAAGAACGUGCUAUAUUGAAGGACAAUGCAGUGUGAAUGAAUGCUGACCAAGCAUUUAAUCCCUGGGUUCUACGACGAUGUCCAGGUGUAGCAGCUUUUGGACAUUCAUAUUUUGCAUUUAUUUUCUCCAUCAUGUUUACCUUUAAGAUGGUCAUUCAGAGGGCCUUAGAUAUCAUCUUCAUGGGUCUGAUAUCAUCAAAUACCGUUUUGUGUUCUGUUAAGACAUGCAGCUAUUCAAUAAACCUUUUGUAUAUUGUUA